AUGGAUACUCGGAUUUCGUUGCUUUUCGGUGUUUUACUUAUUGCAAACGCAAACGCAUUUGUUAAACGAGAUGUAGUUACCGAGGUAGAGGAAAGUCCGGUGGCGGCGGAAUCCCCUGGUAUAAUAGAUAGGGUGAAAUAUUGUUAUGGUGAAACCUUAUCUAAUACAGUUAAUAUCGUCAAACGAGAACAUUUACAGCCUUUGCUCGGCUUCUUCGAAUACUCUUGGAACAAAAUAAGGCGAUUUGAUGAUUCGCCGGCAAAAUACGAGCGUUAUGAAAAGCCGAGAGAGCCAAUCACUUGGGAAAUCUUUCAGCACGAUAUAAAGGAAUUCAGGAAUUGUGUCCGACAGACGUUGACAGAGAUCGUCGAUGAUGUGACGGAGACGAAGCUGCAACCGUUGUUCCGUCAUGUUGAGGAGAACUUGGGAAAACUCACUCGAGUUGUUGACGUAUUGACUGCUACCAGGGAAAGGAAACGUGAAGAAAAAGAGUGA